GGCGGUCCCCGCAGGAUGCCGCCUCGCUGCCGGGGGAGCUACACGCGGGCCCCACCCAGGGCGCAGCGCCUCGGGACCAGGAGCGCCGCGCCCCACAGCCCACGCAGGCGCGCUGAGCCCGGGCCAGGGGGAGGAGGGGCGGGGCCUGGCGGGGAGGGGCGGGGCAGGGCGGGGCAGGGCGGGGCCGGCGCGCUUCCCAUCGGAUCCUGGAUCCGGCGGGAAGUGCUGCGCAGUCCCGUUCACCUUGGGUCUCCGCACCUCGGCCGCCGUCCCGCCCCGCGCUCUGCUCCGGAGUCGCUCUCUUGGGUCCGCUGCCUGCGUCCGCAUCUCCCUUCCACAGCGCUCGCCAUGGCACAGGUUCUCAGAGGCACAGUGACUGCCUUUCCUGGAUUUGAUGAUCGAGCUGAUGCAGAAACUCUUCGGAAGGCCAUGAAAGGCCUGGGCACCGAUGAGGAGGCCAUCCUGACUUUGCUGACAGCCCGAAGUAAUGCUCAGCGCCAGAAAAUUGCUGAGGCCUUUAAGACUCUGUUUGGCAGGGAUCUUCUGGAUGACUUGAAAUCAGAACUGACUGGAAAAUUUGAGAAGUUAAUCGUGGCUCUGAUGAAACCCUCUCAUCUUUAUGAUGCCUAUGAACUGAAGCAUGCUCUUAAGGGAGCUGGGACGAAUGAGAAAGUAUUGACUGAAAUUAUCGCUUCAAGGACACCUGAAGAAAUAAGAACCAUAAAGCAAGUUUAUGAAGCAGAAUAUGGCUCAAGCCUGGAAGAUGACGUGGUGGGGGAUACAUCAGGGAACUACCAGAGGAUGUUGGUGGUUCUCCUUCAGGCAAAUCGAGACCCUGAAGUUGGAAUUAAUGAAAGUCAAGUUGAACAAGAUGCUCAGACUCUGUUUCAAGCUGGAGAACUUAAAUGGGGGACCGAUGAAGAAAAAUUCAUCACCAUCUUUGGAACACGAAGUUUGUCUCAUUUGAGAAGGGUGUUUGACAAGUACAUGACUAUAUCAGGAUUUCAAAUUGAGGAAACCAUUGACCGGGAGACUUCUGGUAAUUUGGAGCAGCUAUUGCUUGCUGUUGUGAAAUCCAUUCGGAGUAUUCCUGCCUACCUUGCAGAAACCCUGUAUUAUGCUAUGAAGGGAGCUGGGACAGAUGAUCAUACCCUCAUCAGAGUCAUGGUGUCUAGGAGUGAGAUCGAUCUGUUUAACAUCAGGAAGGAGUUUAGGAAGAAUUUUGCCACCUCUCUUUAUUCCAUGAUUAAGAGUGACACAUCUGGGGACUAUAAGAAGGCCCUGCUGCUGCUCUGUGGAGGAGAGGACGACUGAGUGAUCCCUGCCCUGCGGCGGCCCCUGCCACUGCCACCUCCCUCAGCACGUGCAGCUGCAGCUCUCGGACGCCAGUGCCACACCUUGCCUUCCUCCAGCACGCUGCUCACUGACACAGAGAAGAAGAUAGUGUGCUUCCUUCCCAUCUUCCAGUGAAGCCCUCCUGGCUCUGACUGUCGUAGUACUGAAGUGUACUGACAUUACCAAGUCUGGCAUCAUUCAUAGUUGCUUUAAGAGGGCAGAUCGCUUUUAGCUUUUUAAAAAAACCUUCCUGUAUAUUAAACUCAUAACCAUAUUACCUUCAUCAGAACCUUAGCCUUGAAAUUGUGAACUCCUGGAAAUGUUAUUAAUCAUACAACUCAGUUAAACCUACAAAACUAUGGUGAUUAUGUUUAAAGAUUAAUGACAAAUAAACAUUUCCUUCCCUCUGAA